CCGUGGUUGAAAAGAACGGGGAAAAAAAUAGAGCUAACCCCCUGCCGACGAAUGAACUGUCAAUCUGAGAUUUUCGUUAUCAGAGAAACGAGAAUUUUGGCAAAAUAGCCGACACGGAAAUUCGUGUAGACUUCAAGCAGUCCACGAAUUUCCCUCAAUUGAUUGUUAUCAAUAACGGCGAUCUCGUUUCUCGUAUUUUUAUCUCAAUCUUGCUUACUUUGUUGGCCGCACCCAGCUGAACUUCCUCCCGGUGAUUCACCCUCGCUUUGCAUUUUUAUUCGAUACUUUCUCUGCUCAAGUUUUAAAUCAAAAGAAAAAUAAACGUGAAAAAUCUGUCAAAAUGUCGGAAUCUUACACAUUUGGUCUUGAUGUCAUCACCUGUCACGCCUGGAACAAGGAUAGAACUGAAGUCGCGGUUUGUUCCAAAAGUAAUGAAGUUCACAUGUAUAAGCGAUCGGGCUCGCAAUGGAAGCAAGUCGAUGUUCUUCAAGCCCACGGUAUGUCAGUUAUGUGUUUGGACUGGGCACCAAAGACCAAUCGCAUUGUCACUUGUGCUGCCGACAAAACUGCAUAUGUUUGGAACAUUGGUGACGACGGAAAGUGGAUUCCUGCUUGGGUAGUGUUGAGAACUAAUCGAGCUGCUGUUUGUGUCAAAUGGGCUCCUCAAGAAAAUAAAUUUGCUGUUGGUUCUGGAGAUAAAUCGGUAUCAGUAAGUUUUUUUGUGCCCGAGAACAAUUGGUGGCUUUCGAAACAUAUAAAACGUCCAUUAAGAUCAACUGUAACGGCGAUCGAUUGGCAUCCGGACAAUAAAGUAUUGGUAGCAGGGUCAACAGACUAUAAAGUUCGAGUAUUUGGUGCUUACGUAAAAGACGUUGAGGAUGCACCGGCGCCAGGUCCUUGGGGUGCCACAUCAAACCUCGGCACAUUACUGGCAGAAUUUCCAAACUCUCCGAAUGGCGGUGGUUGGAUCCACGCAGUUGCAUUUAGCCCUUGUGGAAACAAAGUAUGUUGGGUAUCACAUAAUUCGUCGAUAUGUGUCGCUGACGCGACAAAAGGAAAUGCUGUGGUCCGGCUUUACACGGAAUAUUUACCGUUUUUGAGUUGCAUGUGGAUCAGUUCAAAUUCAAUAAUCGUUGCGGGACACAGUUGCAUGCCCUUCUUGUAUUCCAUUGACAAGAAUGGCCAAUUAUACUUCGUAUCGAAGUUGGAUAAUUCGCAGAAGCGCGAAGCCGCCGGUAUUUCGGCGAUGCGAAAAUUUCAGUCUCUCGAUCGUCAAGCGAGAACGGAAACAAACGAUUGUUUUCUCGACAGUAUACAUCAGAAUACGAUAACGUGCAUAAGGAAAAUGUCGCCAAACGAAUUUAGUACGAGCGGCUUAGACGAUCAGCUUGUACUUUGGGAUACGAAGACGCUCGAGAGCUCUAUCGCCGGCCUCAGCAUCGCCUGAAUCGUUAAGUUUUUAUUUUUAUUUUUUCAUUUAAUAUCCUCGAAUAACGUUAUAGAAAGUACCAAGAAAGAGAUGGCGCUGACAACGAAAUCAGGCGCUAUAAUGUAUAAACGUUGAAAAUAAAAGUAAAUGAGGAUUUAACCAUCCCAUUUGACGACAA